AUGUCAGAUUCUUCGAUUCGGUUGCAGACUUACGUCGUCUGCGGUGUGAUGAUUGGCUGUUUCUCUUUACUUUAUCCGAGGAUAUUUCACCCCAUGUUGAUGCAUGCUUUAGGUUUUUCCAAGGCUGCAUCGAGCGAUGCAGACUCUCACCACUUAAACCGUCCUCCAUUCGAUCCACACGGUGCUUUUAACAGACCGCGUCCUUCCAUUCGUGCAGUGGAUGCGGAGACUCAGAAGCCGAGUGGCAAGCGUGGAGGACUUAUGUCCGUGGUACUUCCAGUCUACGCUGUUGGGAUUGUCCUCUAUCUGAUUUACACUUUAUCGAAAAUUUAUCGUUCGCGGAACCGGAAGAAUAAUGACCAUAAAGAAGAGUUUUUGCGCCAUUACUAUCGUGACUUCCAUUAUGAUACACGUCAUGGCAAGUUUCGCAUGGGACACGGAUCUUCGGACGAAGGUGAGGAGGACGAGGAGUCGGAGGAUAUACCAAAAGGAUCCUUGGGACUGCUGAGUUCUACUCGUGCAUCACGCUUGGGAAAGCCGAAGUUCACCAAUAAGGAUGGUCGCUUCGACUGGGCUGCUGCUUACGGUGCUGAGGGGCAACGCGACAUCUUUCGCUCGGCAAAAAGUUUACCGCGCGACUUGGAAGCACUUCUACUCAAAAUUGAGAGCGAAGAUGUGGUCAAUCACGACGAAUUUACUGCAUUGCGCAUACGUUUGGAGCAGACCGAAAAGGAAAUGACUCGUCUGCUUAGUGCUAUGAAUCAAGCCGAACGCAUGGUUGGUAGAUUGGAUGUGGAUGACGAUGUCGAUCCUCAGCAACUCGACAGGCACGCUGCACCCGGGCCAGCUCAGGAGGACACCGAGUAUGAGGCAACGGCUAGCGAGGAUGAGUUGGGCAAGUUCUGUUAUCAACUGGACCUGAACACUAGGAUUUUGAAGAUCCUACAGUGCUCACCUCAUUUCAUGAAUAAUGUAACGAAACAAAAAUGGAAAGUAGAUUUUCUUGUCGAACACGAACUUCUGCGGCACAUCCUAUUGCGCAAGCGUGUUGAAAAGAACUAA